ACUCAGCGGCGUGCACGUGCACGAAGUAUGUGCGUGUGCGCGCGUGGGUCUGUGGGGUUGUUGAGGAACUGCAGCUGAAUCGGAGACAGAAAGCGACGACUCCACAGCUCGACAGGCUGCUCCUCUGAGCUUAACACGAUGCGAAGUUUGUUCUCAGUGACGCUGCUGCUGCUCCUGGCUCUCACGCUCGCCGUCGAGGCCAACAAACGAUCCAAACAUCACAAAGGUGGGAAAUCUGAUAAAUCCCGACCGGCGUCUGAAUGCACCGCGGCAGAGACCCAGUACGGGAAAUGUGUGCCGGAUCAAGGAGACUGUGGAGACGGACUGAGGGAGGCGACGUGCAAAGAUCGCACCGACAAGAUCCACUGCAGGAUCCCCUGCAACUGGAAGAAGGACAUCAGUGAGACUCGCACUCAGGGGUCACGGGGUCACUAAUGCAAGGGGAGGGUCUUAUGGAGGAGAGGAGAUCCACAUGGGGACAGAAAACGGAUUUAAAGUAAUAACUGUACUUUGUUAGGAAAUGAAGAUAAGAUCAGUAAAGUGAAGGAUGGCGCCCCCUGGUGGCCAACGUGUGAAUCA